UCUAACCGAGCGGGCGCCUGGACGGCUGUCCAAUCAGAAUGCAGAGCAGGAGAAGUACUUCCGGUUAAUGAACACAAGUACAUCCCUGUUCUCAAGUGAACGUGGCCUGUCGUCCUCUUUCUCACCACCCAUGCAGCGCUGCUUGACACUGACCGUUGGCCGUUACAGCAGGCUCCUCUUAAAGAAAAGAAUUUCCUCUUUUCACUGUCAACAAUCAGCGGCGAUGUCAAGUCUGCUCAUCAACCAGCCCAAAUAUUCUUGGCUGAAAGAACUUGGUUUGUCUGAGGACAACCCUGGAGUUUAUAAUGGAAGCUGGGGGGGUAGCGGCGAGGUCAUUACAUCUUAUUGUCCUGCCAAUAAUGAGCCGAUCGCCAGAGUAACUCAGGCUACCUUGGCAGAGUAUGAAGAAACUGUCCAAAAGUCAAAAGAGGCCUGGAAGAUUUGGGCAGACAUUCCAGCUCCGAAACGAGGCGAGAUUGUACGGCAGAUUGGAGAUGCGUUAAGAAAGAAAAUUAAAGUACUUGGAAGCUUGGUGUCUCUGGAAAUGGGCAAGAUCUAUGUUGAGGGAGUGGGUGAAGUUCAGGAAUACGUUGACGUCUGUGAUUAUGCCGUUGGUCUCUCGAGGAUGAUUGGUGGACCAAUCCUUCCCUCAGAGCGACCGGGACACGUUCUCAUUGAGCAGUGGAAUCCAGUUGGUCUCGUCGGCAUCAUCACUGCCUUUAAUUUCCCUGUCGCUGUCUACGGCUGGAACAACGCCAUCGCCCUGAUCUGUGGCAACGUAUGCCUCUGGAAAGGCGCCCCAACCACGCCGCUCACUAGCGUUGCCGUUACAAAGAUUGUGGCUGAAGUGCUGGAGCAAAACAAUCUGCCUGGGGCUAUCUGCUCCAUGACCUGUGGGGGUGCUGAUGUUGGCACAGCCAUGGCAAAAGAUGAGCGCGUAGACCUGCUGUCCUUCACCGGUAGCACCCACGUCGGGAAGAUGGUGGCCAUGAUGGUGCAAGAGAGAUUUGGACGCAAACUGCUGGAGCUCGGUGGGAACAACGCCAUCAUUGUGUUUGAGGAUGCAGACUUGAACCUUGUGGUACCCUCUGCUGUCUUCGCUUCUGUUGGAACGGCCGGCCAGCGCUGCACCACAACGAGGAGGCUGAUGCUGCACGAGAGCGUCCAUGACACUGUGGUAGAGAGGAUUGCCAAGGCUUACAAGCAAGUUCGCAUCGGAGACCCCUGGGACCCCAGCACUCUCUAUGGUCCUCUGCACACAAAGCAGGCUGUGGAACAGUAUCUGGCAGCUGUUGAGCAGGCCAAGCAGCAGGGUGGCACCAUCGUCUGUGGCGGAAAAGUGAUGGACCGUCCUGGAAAUUAUGUAGAGCCCACAAUCAUAACAGGGUUGCCUCAUAACGCAUCCAUUGUCCAUACUGAAACAUUUGUCCCGAUCCUCUACGUCCUGAAGUUCAAGACAGAAGAGGAGGCGUUUGUGUGGAACAAUGAGGUACAGCAAGGUCUGUCCAGCAGCAUCUUCACCAAAGAUAUGGGUCGGGUCUUCCGCUGGCUCGGGCCCAAAGGGUCCGACUGUGGCAUAGUGAAUGUCAACAUUCCCACAAGUGGAGCUGAGAUUGGAGGAGCCUUUGGCGGGGAGAAGCACACCGGAGGUGGAAGGGAGUCGGGCAGCGACUCCUGGAAGCAGUACAUGAGGCGCUCAACGUGCACGAUUAACUACAGCAAAGAUCUCCCUCUGGCUCAGGGCAUCAAGUUUGAGUGAGGCUCAAGCUUUGACCACAAAGGACAAAAACAAAGUAUUCUGAAUAGUGAAGCUUCAGAGUGAAUGCUAAACAUUUGUCGUCAUUCAGUGUGGUCAGAUCAAACUGAGUUAUUAAAAAGUUGUGAUUUUGGUUGUAGUUGUAGAUGCUAAUCUUUGGUUUGAAUUGUUUAAAUUUAAGUGGUUUCUGUAUUUUUCUGUGUAGGUCUAGUCGUCUUCCCCCUAAAAAAAAUCUUGGCGUGCACUUUUCUACUAGCACUUCAACUGAACUCAAGACAAAGAUGACUGUAUUUGAUCAUCUAUACUGUAAAAAAAGAAAAUAAAAAUAAUAAAUUUGUCA